GGCCUGGAGGCCGCGGCGCGGCAGGGUCCUCCCGGGCGGGCUCUGCCGCGGCUGCGGGCGGUGUUCUGGGUGCGCACAGACCGCGUUCCCAGAGCGCAGGAAGGAGGAGAGGCGCUCAGCCCUCUCCACUGAGAAAGGCACAAACUCCAGUUGUCUUCCAGUCAUUUCCAGAAUUUUAUCCCAGAGUCACAAAGAAAUACCUAAUACUUUCCUAGGAUGGCAUCCAUUGACCUGAGGUCAUUUACCGAAGGGACUGUGUUAAGCAUUCAUAACAUCUGCUAUCGAGAAAAAGUGAAGAGUGGCUCUCUACUUUGCCGGAGAACAUCUGAGAGAGAAAUAUUAACAAAUAUCAAUGGGAUCAUGAAACCUGGCCUUAAUGCUAUCAUGGAAUGCACAAGUGGAGACAAAUCUUUGUUGCUGGACGUCUUAGCUGCAAGGAAAGAUCCAAGUGGAUUAUCUGGAGAUAUUUUGAUCAAUGGAGCGCCUCGACCUGCCAAUUUCAAAUGUAAUUCAAGUUUUGUGGUUCAAGAUGAUAUCUUGCUGGACACCCUGACAGUGAGAGAAAACUUACAUUUCUCAGCAGCUCUUCGACUUCCAACAACUGUGACAAAACAUGAAAAAGAUGAACGGAUUAAGAAGGUCAUUGAUGAGUUAGAUCUGGAGGAAGUGGCUGAUUCCAAGGUUGAAUCUAGAAAAGAAAGAAUAAAGACCAGUAUAGCAAUGGAGCUGAUCACUGAUCCUUCCAUCUUGUUCCUGGAUGAGCCGACAAAGGGUUUAGACUCGAGCACCGCAAAUGCUGUCUUUUUGCUCCUGAAAAAGAUUUCUGAGCAGGGACGAACAAUCAUCUUCUCCUUUCAUGAGCCUCAGAAUUCCAUCUUCAAGCUGUUCGACAGCCUCACCAUAUUGGCCUCAGGAAGGCUAAUGUUCCAUGGUCCAGCGCAAGAAGCUUUGGAGUACUUUGCAUCAGCAGGUUACCAUUGUGAGCCCCACAACAACCCUUUAGACUUCUUCCAGGACAUCCUGAAUGGAUACUCCCCUGCUGUGGUAGUAAACAACGAGGAAGUCUGUGAAGCCCAUGAAACUGAACAGCUGUUAACGAGACAGUCCUCAGUGAUCAAAGGAUUAGCUCAGUUUUAUGCUGAAUCCCGCUUCUACAGAGAAACAGAAACGGAAUUAGAGAGACUUUCAGGUGUUGAGAAUUACAGGAGGUCGGCCUUCAAGGAGAUCACCUAUGGCACCACCUUCUGCCACCAGGUCACAUGGAUUAUCUGGCGUUCGUUCAAAAACUGGCUGGGUCAUCUCCAGCCCUGGAUAGUUCAGAUAAUCAUCGCACUGAUACUGGGACUGGUGAUAGGUUUCGCUUUCCUUAGACUGAAAAAUGGUUGUACUGAAAUCCAGAAUAGAGCCUGGUCACUCUAUGUGCUGACUGUCUUCCAGUGUGUCACUAGUGUUUUAACCAGGGAGAUCUUCUUGAUGGAGAGGAAUCUUUUUAUACACGAGUGCAUCAGUGGAUACUACAGAGUGUCGUCUUACUUCUUUGGAAAACUGUUCUUUGAUUUACUGCUCAGGAGGUUUUUUCCAAGUUUUGUAUUUACUUUGGUGCUCUACUUUAUGUUAGAAAUAACUAUAUUCGACCACACACCAGAUUAAAAACCACUGAUAGAGCUUUAAUCUUCUAUUUUACAAUUAAGAGUUGUGUAAUAAAGAAUGUGUCACAAAAUCUAGAUCCCCCCAGAUACCUGUUUGGUGUUCUUGAAACUGUUUCAAAAUUUUCAGACUCUAAGACCCAGAGCAUUAGCUCAGAAUUGUUUAUAAAGUAGUUUAUGUUACUUAACCUAAUCCAUUCUCUGUCGCAGAGCCAUGUGAACAUUUGUGUAGGGAAGUCUUAGAUUAUGGAGAAACUAUCCAUUUCUCAAGAUAUUAAAUCUACUUAUAAAUCCCCACUUCAGUUUCUUCACUAAUGCAAUUGCAGCAACAAUGAACAAUGUGGAGAUAUCUGGAUACAUGAAUAUGCUGUUGGGUUUCCUUCAACAGUAGAAUUUCAUCCUCUUGUGCCUGUAUCUCUCCAUCUCAGCAAUUCAGAUAUUGUUCAAUAUUACAUGUGAAGGAGAGUGGGUGUUACAUGCAAAGGUCCUUCGUCAGUAAAUGUAUGAAAGAAAACUGUGAUAACUUUGUGCAGUUACGAGGAGGGGAAAUGAAAUUGUGAACCCCUGUUGUCUUUUUUCAUUUUGAUGUUAGUUGAUUGGAAAAUUACAGUGUUCUUUGCAUGUUGAACAGUCCGAAAUGCAAGGUAACCUAGACAACCACACUGACCCCUUCUUUUCUUUCUGAGGGUUGAAAUGGGGGAUAACAUCUUUCCUCAU